AUGGGAGAACAUGAACAGGUGAAGCCCUUGGAGACCAUCUCUUCCAAAGUCAAAGCUAAGUCCACCAUGAUGAUUCCUGACCCCCAGAAGCUCCUGCGAUGUGAGCUGGAGUCACUCAGGAGCCAGCUACAGGCCCAGACCAAAGCUUUUGAGUUCCUGAACCACUCUGUGACCAUGUUGGAGAAGGAGAGCUGCCUGCAGCAAAUCAAGAUCCAGCAGCUUGAAGAAGUGCUGAGCCCGUUGGGCCGCCAGGGAGAGAAGGAGGGGUCCAAGUGGGGCAUGGAGCAGGGCCGGCAGGAGCUGUAUGGGGCCCUGGCCCAAGGCCUGCAGGGGUUGCAGAAGACCCUGCGUGACAGUGAGGAGGUGCAGCGGGCCCGCACCACCCGCUGCCUGCAGCUGCUGGCUCAGGAGAUCCGGGACAGCAAGAAGUUCCUGUGGGAGGAGCUGGAGCUGGUGCGGGAGGAGGUGACCUUCAUCUAUCAGAAGCUCCAGGCGCAGGAGGACGAGAUCUCAGAGAACCUGGCAAACAUUCAGAAGAUGCAGAAGACGCAGGUGAAGUGCCGCAAGAUCCUGAGCAAGAUGAAGCAGCAGGGGUAUGACACGUCUGCCUCGCCAGAGACCGAAGAGAUGCCAUUGGGAGGCAGUGGCUGCUGGAAAGAUGACCUCCAGAAGGAACUGAGUGACAUAUGGUCUGCUGUGCACGUGCUGCAGAACUCCAUCGACGGCCUCGCCAUAUCCUCGGGGGCUCGCCACAGGGUCUCAAGCCUCAGGGGCAACAAGGGGCACCGGUGCCUGACCCCUCCACUCCGCUCCUGGGACUCGGACUCCGACUCGGACCCGGACCUUUCCCAGCCACCUUUCACCAGGAACCGCUCCUUCCCAGCCGCUUGAGCAGCAGGGACUGCUCUCCCUGAAGACCCCUCCAGAGAGAAAAUAAACUAG